UCCGUUGUCGGAGCCGGUGGUGGUUCUGGAGGACCGGGGUGAUGUGGUCAUAGGAGCUUAUAGUGAACUGUGGUUUUCUCAUCCUCCCAUAGUUAGACUGUAGACACCAGCCAGCCUUUUAUCUUUAUUUUAUCCACAAACAAUGUAUUUGUCCCAUUUGGCACAUAUCACAGAGAUACUACAGACUGCAUUAAUGCCAUCUCAGUGCUUUUUAUUUCCCUGUUGGAGUGAAACACACACAUCAGACUUCAUGAUCCAGCUGAUAAAGAUUUAUACUAUCUAUUAAUAUUUGACUUUUGUUCCAGAUUCUUUGGUCCAAAGUUCAGAGCUGCUGUUCUGUUAUCAGAUUUCAUUAAAGAAAACUUCAGGUUAAAGUUGAAUACAGAGAGUUGAGACUGUGAACCAACAGACCUUAAAAACCUCCUGAUGUCAGUUACAUGUUCGUUCUUCUCGUGGUUGGUUUCCUGUUGAAGCUGCUGAUUAAUUUCACCUUCACUCAUCAGCUUGAUUCAGAUUAUUUUCUGCAUCUAAAGGUAACCAACAGUUUUCAUCAUUUUUGUGUCUGCAGGUGUUAAAAUGAUCUGAUAACAGUAGAGACGGUCGUCAUAGUGAUGAGUUAUGUUGCUUUGUUGACUGCAUUGGUGGAAUGAACGAAACGCCAGAAGAAAGAAAUCAUAGUAUUUAUCAAUAUUCUUAUCAGUUCUUUUUCAUUACUAAAGAAUUUGGGGAUUUUUGAAUUAUUAUUUAAAAAAAGAAUAAAUUCAGAACAGAAUUAGAAUAGAUUUAUAUUUUAAAUCUGACAAAAUAUUAUUUCAUACAGCAGCAACUGUAAUGUUUCCAUCAGCAAAGUCACCAUAUAAAUUCAAUAAUAUCUCAUUUGACAGAAAUAAAAAAUGUCAGUAAAAUAAAUAAUAUUCCUGACAUUAAAAUACUGAGUGAAGUUUAGAAAGAAUGAAGAACACAGACUUCAGUCAGUAUCUUCAUCAUGUCCUCCUCCUCCUUUGCUUUCUUUUCCUUUGCUUUCUUUUCCUAUUCGUCUCAUUCUUCCCCCCUUUUCCUGCUGUAAAUCAUUCUUUCCUUCUUUCCCUCCUUUCCUACUCAGUCAUCUCAACACAAAAGAGAAUUAAAUCACAGCUUUUUUGAAACAUUUUUCUGAGGAAACCGUCUGAGUGAAAGAUAAAUGUACUGCAUUACAUCGUCUCACCAGCAAAUGUCGCUCACAUCACACGCAUGAUGUUUGAAGCAGCGAACACAUCUUCAAUCCAACCUGCUGCAAAACCUCAGAACAAGGGAACAAUUGAAGGCCUCCUUACAACAUCACAGAUCAGAAUCACUUCCUGUCAUCUCAUAUCACUGAAUGAUCAAAAGCAGCGAGGAGGAAGAAGAAAGACCGAAACAGCCACGGAGAGAAGUUUGGUGAAAGACUACAGAAUGGGAAACUUUCUUUCAACUGACUUGGCUCCGCCGGCUCCAGAUGUAUCAGAGUGUGCUACAACUCAGAGAGACGCAAGAAACAUGACAAUCAUUGCCCAGAAUGGAGGUGUCAUCAGCCAACCUCAGUUGAGAAAUGUUCAUGUUGAAGGGGAUAUCAAUAUGAAUGUCAACAACACAUAUGUCCAAGCUCCUGUCAGGACAGACGAGACUAAUGUCGUUUCUCCCGAAACCAAAGAAAAUAUCCAAAGGUGCCAAGAUGAACUAAAAUCUUACCUUGAAAGUAAAACAAAGGAUCUGUUUCAAGGAACAAAGGAAGAUGGAACAUCAACUCCUUUAAACAAGCUCUAUACAGAGCUGUACAUCACAGAGGGAGGCAGUGGGGAGGUUAAUAGUGAACAUGAAGUGGUUGAAUUAGAAUGUAGAAGGUGUACGAGUGAGGAGAAGAAAAUUCAACUCAAUGACAUUUUGAAAGCUUUGCCAAAUGAAGAGAACCCUCCUCAGAGAGUUCUGAUGAAGGGAAUUGCUGGCAUUGGAAAAUCUGUUGCUGUGCAGAAAUUCACUCAGGACUGGGCUGUUGGAAAAGCCAACCAAGGCUUUCAGCUAGUAUUUCCAUUCACAUUCCGAGACUUGAAUUUAAUAAAAGACAAAGAUUAUACUCUCAUGGAUUUAAUCCUUCACUGUUUUGCAGAAGUGAAAGAUUUAGAACCUUCAGACUACAACAGUUCUAGUGUUUUGUUCAUCUUUGAUGGCCUGGAUGAAAGCAAAUUCCCUCUGAACUUUGAGAAAAAUGAGAUGUGCCGCAGCGUUACAAAAACUACAACAGUAGACGUCUUACUGACCAACUUAAUUGCAGGAAAAUUGCUUCACAAAGCCUCGAUCUGGAUCACAAGUAGACCGGCCGCAGCCAGUAAGAUUCCUCCUGAGUGCAUCGACAGGGUGACUGAGGUACGAGGCUUUAAUGAUGAGCAGAAGGAGGAGUACUUUCUAAAGAAAAUCAGUGACCAGGAUGUGGCUCAAAAUAUCUGCAAUCACCUUAAGUCAAAGCCAUUGAGAACUCUGUACAUCAUGUGCCACAUCCCAAUGUUCUGUUGGAUUACAGCCACAGCUUUCCAGAGUCUCCUCACAGGAACUCAUGAAAGUGAGUUACCCAAGACUGUGACUGAAAUGUACACACACUUCCUGAUCAUCCAAACAACGCGGAAAAACGAGAAGGAUUAUCAGGAGGUUGAAACAGACAAAGAAAGAAAGAAAGAAAGGGAUAAAGAUGUGAUCAUGAAGUUUGGAAAGCUGGCAUUUGAACAGCUACAGAAGGGCAACAUAAUCUUCUAUGAAAAAGAUCUGAAGGAGUGCCAAAUUGAUCUGAAAGAAGCUGCAGUUUACUCAGGAGUUUGUACACAGAUCAUAAGGAGAGAAUCAGGUCUUCACCGACAGGAGGUUUACUCUUUUGUACAUUUAAGCAUGCAGGAGUUUCUUGCAGCUCUGUAUGUAUUAGAGACCUUCAUAGAGAGUGGACAAAAUCUGCUUCCCAGCCAGUCAAAGGUUAAAGUGAGAUCAGGGAAAGGAGAAAGCCUCAUCGUCCACCUCUACAAGAACGCGGUGGAUAUGGCCUUAGCCAGUGAUCACGGACAAUGGGACUUGUUUCUGCGCUUCCUGCUUGGUCUGUCACAGGACAAGAAUCAGAGCCUUCUUCAGAAAGUGUUCGGAUUUAAUGCAAGAAGUCCAUUGAACAAUCAGGAGACAAUCACCUACAUUCACAGGAAGAUCAAGAAUCUGUCCUAUACCGACAAGAGUAUCAAUCUUUUCCAGUGUUUAAAUGAACUUGGUGACCAGUCUCUAGUAGAGCAAGUCCAAAAGUACCAGAGCUCAGGAGAUGUUAGUAAAAUUUCACCUGCACAUUGGUCAGCUUUGGCCUUCAUACUGCUUGUUUCUGAUGAAGAUCUGGAUACCUUUGAGCUUAAGAAAUACUACAGAUCAGAUGAAGCUUUGGAGAGGCUGCUGCCAGUGCUCAAAGCAUCAAAGACAGCUUUGUUAGGUGACUGUAAUCUCACUGAUAGAUGCUGUCAGUAUAUUUCAUCAGUUCUCGGCUUUAAGUCUUCUGGACUGGAGGAGUUAGUCCUGAGCAGAAAUCAGCUGCAGGGCUCUGGAAUAAAGCGUCUCUCUGAGGGCCUCAAAAGUCCCAACUGCAAACUCCAGAGAUUGAGACUGGGUGGCUGCAAUCUGUCAGAGAGAAGCUGUGAAGCUGUGUCUUCAGUUCUCAGCUCCAAGUCCUCCAGUCUGAGAGAGCUAGACUUGAGUAACAACAACCUGCAGGAUUCAGGGGUGAAGCUGCUCUCUGCUGGACUAGAGAGUCUUCACUGUACACUGGAGACUCUCAGGCUGUCAGGCUGUCUGGUCACAGAGGAAGGCUGUGCUUCUCUGGCCUCAGCUCUGACAUCCAAUCCCUCCCAUCUGAGAGAGCUUGACCUGAGCUACAAUCAUCCAGGAGACUCAGGAGUGAAGCUACUCUGUGCUGGACGGGAUGAUCCAUGCUGGAGACUGGACACACUCAGACUGACCAGCUGUAAUCUGUCAGAGAGAAGCUGUGACGCUCUGUCCUCAGUUCUCAGCUCCAAGUCCUCUAGUCUGAGAGAGCUGGAUGUGAGUAAUAACAACCUGCAAGAUUCAGGAGUGAAGCUGCUCUCUGCUGGACUGAGGAGUCCACACUGUACCCUGGAGACUCUCGGACUGUCAGGCUGUCUGGUCACAGAGGAAGGCUGUGCUUCUUUGGCCUCAGCUCUGAGAUCCAACCCCUCCCAUCUGAGAGAGCUUGACCUGAGCUGCAAUCAUCCAGGAAACUCAGGAGUGAAGCUGCUGUCUGCUGGACUGGAGGAUCCACACUGGAGACUGGACACUCUCAAGGUGGAAAAUGGUGGAGAGCAGAGGCUGAAACCUGGUGUGAGGAAGUAUGUCUGUGAACUCACAUUGGACACAAACACAGCACACAAAUACCUGAAACUGUCUGACAAUGACAGGAAGGUGACAACAGUGACAGAGAAGCAGCCAUAUCCUCAUCAUAAAGCAAGGUUUGAUUGGUGGCAUCAGCUGCUGUGUAGAGAUGGUCUGACUGGUCGCUGUUACUGGGAGGUCAAAUGGAGAGGACAGAUUUAUGUAUCAGUGAGUUACAAAGGAAUCAAAAGGAAUGGGCGCAGUGUUGGCAGCAGGUUUGGAGGGAAUGAUCAGUCCUGGACUCUGAGGUGCUCUGAUGGUGAAGGUUACUCUGUCUGGCACAAUAACAGAAAAACAGACCUCUCCUCCUCCUCCUCCUCCUCCUCCUCUGUCUCUAACAGAGUAGCAGUGUAUGUGGACUGUUCUGCUGGCACUCUGUCCUUCUACAGAGUCUCCUCUGACUCACUGAUCCACCUCCACACUUUCAACACCACAUUCACUGAACCUCUGUAUCCAGGGUUCUGGGUUGGAUUUGGCUCUUCAGUGUCUCUGUGCUCACUGUAGGAGGGAGUGUGGCUUUUUGGGGCACCUUGGUGGCAUUCUGGUUAAGAUGCAUACCUCAUAAUAUAAAAAAAACUUUUUAAGUAGCUUUAGUUUCCUUAUUUUAAUCAAUUUCUUUGAUUGGAUCUAUCACAUAAACUCUCAUAUUCUAAGUUGGUUCAGCCAUUGUUCAGUCUCUUGCUCUCUCACUUUUGAUUGUUAAUAAUCCAUCUUGAUUAAACAAGCCAACAUAAAUGUGAUUAUUACAGCUGUAUGUGUUCCCUGUGGUUUUUUUUGUCUCAUGUUCCAGGUUCCUGUUACAGUGAAAGGCUUUUUGAUUGUGGACUGCUUGUCUUGCCUCUCAGCCUGGGAUUUUAUGUUAUUUAGUUUUUCUGUUGCAUUUUGAUCGCUGUAGCAUUUAUUUAGUGUUCUGGUUGUUUUGUAUGUUUUUCAUUAAUAAAUCCCAUGAUUUGAGUGUUUUAAAAGGUGUUUGUUUGUUAAAAGAGUUUUAAAUUGAGUAAAUGGUGGAUUGUUGUUUGCCCCAUACAGUCGACUAAGGGUGGGGCGUAAGAAAUGGGGGCUCAAUGAUACUUGCUUAUUUCAUCAUGUGUUAUUAUGGUUAUCCCUGUCAUUCUCCCAUGUAGUCCCAUACAGACACACAUACAUACAUUCUUCUCUCUCUCUUCAUUAUGUAUAAAUAUUGUGAAUAA